AUGAGGUCGAAAAACGAAAACAAACCAUCUGAUUAUCACGAUGCUGGGAAGUCGAGUCAAGAUGUGGAAGCUAGUUCGAGGCCGACUGAAGAUAUUCCAACUAGUCCAAAGCUGAGUGCAGAUGAGAGGAAAACUGGAAGAGGGCCAAAGAAGUCCAAAGUUAAAUUAGAAUAUACAGAAGAUGGCGAGGAAGUUGUAGAGUUGGAUAGAAACACCAACACCUUCUUCUUCCUUCAUACGACUGACCCUGACCUACUCUCUUCACCACCGAAUUUCGCCGGAAAACUUAAGCUCCACCGCCGCCGUGGUCAUUCGAACUCAUCUCCGCCGCCGCCGUUCUCAAUUGAGGCCUUCACUGGUAAAUCCUAUGCCACCAUGACACAGGUCACAGGAACUGAAAGCCAUGAAUUUGUUAUUUGGGUCCAGUUUUUGUUGUUGAUCUUAUUGUUGUUGCUUGCUUUUGUUGUCGUUGUUGCUGUUUUUGCUCUUGUUGUUCUUGGUGUUUUUGGUUGUAUCAUGACUUUAGCCGGUGAAACAGAAGGUAUGAGUCGAAGUUGGAUGUAUGAGAAGCGAACUUCGUCGGGGUUCUUGAACGGGGUAGAGGAGUUUUGUAGAUGUGCUUUGGAGCAUCAAGAAAAUGUACAAGAUAAUGGGUUUUAUUGUCCAUGUGUCGAUUGCGAAAAUGUGAGUAGGGUUAGUAGUAUCAAAACAUUAAGAGAUCAUGUGAUUCGUCGUGGGUUUAGGCAACAAUACCAUGUGUGGAUAUGGCAUGGUGAGAUCGGAGGAUAUACGGGAAAUUCCAGUGAAAAUCCAAUUAUUGACCAUCAUGUACACACUGAACCUAUUGAUCGGACCGAGGAUAUGUUUUCGGAGGAAGAUGAUGAAGGUGAAGAAGACGUGGAUGAUGAUAUUGAGGAGGAUCAUAUAGAUGAAAUGAUGGAGGCAAUUCAAGAUAAGCCUCAUUUAUUUGAACGUUUGUCAGAAGCUGCUGAGAAACCUUUGUAUCCUGGAUGUGUCAAGUACACUCAGUUGUCGGCUGUGUCAGUGUUGACCAACCUGAAAAUAAAGGGCGGUGUGACUGACGCAAUUUUUUCACAAUUUUUGGAGGCAUUAGAGGACAUGUUUCCCGAAGGGAAUGUGUUGCCUAAGUCAACUUAUUAUGCCAACAAGUUGAUGUGUCCUUUUGGAUUAGCAUAUGAGAAAAUAGAUGCUUGUCCAAAUGAUUGUAUUUUGUAUCGAAAAGAGUUUGCAGAUUUAGAUAAAUGUCCUCGGUGUGGUAAGUCUCGUUACAAGCUCCCAGAUGGAGUUAUGCCCGGGGAAGGCAAGAAAGGUCCCUCUGCUAAACUGCUUUGGUAUCUUCCAAUAAUACCAAGGUUUAGACGAUUGUUUUCAAUAAAGAAGGAGGCAAAGAACUUGAGGUGGCAUGCAGAUAAGAGGAAGAAAGAUGGGUUGCUUAGACAUCCGGCAGAUUCUCCUCAAUGGAAAGAUAUUGAUGAAGAAUUUCCAGAAUUCGGCAAAGAAGAUAGGAAUCUUAGGCUUGCGCUUUCUACUGACGGAAUGAACCCAUUUGGUAGUCUAAGCAGUCAACACAGCACUUGGCCUGUUCUGUUAGUAAUUUAUAAUUUGCCUCCUUGGUUGUGCAUGAAGUCAAAGAAUAUUAUGUUAUCCUUACUUAUACAAGGGCCGAAACAACCAGGAAACGAUAUUGAUGUAUACCUUGCUCCGCUCAUUGAUGAUUUGAAAAAAAUGUGGGAUGAAGGUAUUUCUGUUUUAGAUGCGUAUGGUGAUGAGAUUUUCACGUUGCGUGCAAUGUUAUUUUGUACCAUCAAUGACUACCCGGCUUAUGGUAACUUGUCAGGGUAUAAGGUAAAGGGAAAGAUGCCAUGCCCAGUUUGUGAAGAUGAUAUGGAAUCAACCUGGUUGCCAAAUUCUAGAAAACACGUGUAUCCAGUUCAUAGAAAGUGGCUAAAUAGGUUUCAUCCUUAUCGAAAGAAAAAAUCUAUAUUUGAUGGCAACGUGGAAGAACGUAGAUUUCGUAGACCGUCAUCUGGAAGAGAGGUUUACAACCGUGUUAAAGGCAUAGAGACGGUUUUUGGAAAAUCUGGGAAAAAUAAAAAAGAUGGAAUUUGGAAGAAGGAGUCUGCCUUUUGGAAACUGGAAUAUUGGAAGCAUCUGUCAGUUAGACAUUGUCUCGAUGUAAUGCACAUAGAAAAAAAUGUGUGUGAGGCCAUUUUGGGUACAUUGUUGAACAUGGAUAAGAAAUCGAAGGAUGGCAUUAAGGUGCGGAGAGACAUGCAACACCUGAAGAUUCGACCUCAUUUAUGGCCAAAGCUUAAGGAAAAGGCCAGAAAGGGGAAAGGUAAGUCUUACUAUUUACCCCCUGCUUGCUAUACAUUGUCUAAAGUUGAGAAAAGAAUAUUUCUAGAGUGUCUUUAUGGAAUUAAAGUUCCUAAGGGCUACUCAUCGAAUAUAAGAAAGCUUGUGUGUAUGACUGAAUUGAAAUUACAUGCAAUGAAAUCCCAUGAUUGUCAUGUCAUGAUGCAAGUAUUGUUGCCCAUUGCAAUUCGUGGGAUUUUGCCUAAGCAUGUAAGAGAUGCCAUCACGAGACUUUGUUCGUUUUUCAAUACAAUAUGCAACAAGGUACUUGAUCCGGAGGAAUUAGACAAACUACAAGCUAAUGUAGUUGUAACACUGUGCCAGUUUGAGAUGUAUUUUCCGCCUUCGUUUUUCGACAUAAUGGUUCAUUUAGUUGUCCAUCUUGUUCGAGAAAUCAAGCUUUGUGGUCCAGUGUUCAUGAGAUGGGCUUAUCCUUUUGAAAGGCAUAUGGGGUGCAUGCAGAGAAAGGUGAGGAAUCCCGCACGACCAGAAGCAAGUAUGAUUCAAGGAACUGUGUCGGCGGAGAUUGGUGCGUUUAUUGCUGAAUAUAUGUCCAGAGCUGAACCAAUCGGACUUCCUAAAUCUCGACAUGAGGGGAGACUUGAAGGCAAAGGCACAAUUGGUGCUAAAGAUAUCAGUGCUCCAUUAGAGAAACAGAUGCAAGCCCACUUAUGUGUGCUACAACAACUCACAGAGGUUAGUCCGUACUUAGAAAAGCAUAUGCAGGAGUUAAGAGCUCGAAAUCCGACUAAAACAGAACGUGCCUUGGUGUUGGAACAUAAUCGUACUUUCAGUGAUUGGUUUCAAAAUAAAGUGAUGGCUGAGUUGGAUGUUAAAGGCCAUAAAAUCUCCAAUACGAUAAAAUGGCUAUCAUAUGGUCCACAAGAUACUUUGCACUCAUAUGAAGGGUAUGACAUCAAUGGAUAUACCUUCCAUACGCUACGUCAAGACAAAAAGUCAAGGUCUACGCAAAAUAGUGGUGUUACAAUGGUUGCUUCUUCUAGAGAUUAUGCAAGUGCUAAAGAUAAGAAUCCAGUUGAUGCAACACAUCCAUAUUAUGGGGUCAUUCAGGAAAUAUGGGUGCUUGAUUAUAGUGGAAAAAUAAAGGUACCACUUUUUCAAUGCAAGUGGGCAGAGAAUAGUCGGCGCGGUGUUAAGCUUGUUGACAAUAAUAUGACUAUAAUUAAUAUGACACGGUUGCGCGACACUUCAGAGCCAUUCAUACUCGCAUCCCAAGCAAAGCAAGUUUUCUACAUAAGAGACAAUGUCGAUCAUGAUUGGUCUGUUGUUGUUAAAGGGAAGAGAUAUAUUCUUGGUGUUGGUGAUGUCGAUGAUGAAGAAGAGUACGAUCAGUUUGAUGACUCACCACCGUUCUCAAUUUCAGAGAGCGAUGUGCUUGAUGGAACGGAUAAUGAUACCAAUUAUAUGCGCUUAGAUCAUACAGAAGGCAUAACUGUUGAUGAACCUUGA